CUCUCUCAUACUUGUGACCUCCCUGCGUUAAUAUACAGCCCAGCUGGGAGGAACAUUACCGCCACUUCCUUUUACAACUGAGGAGGCAUAGCUGCUCACCGAGACGUGCGUCUAAGCGGUGCCGAGACAUUUUUGAGCACAUUCAUUUAUCUGAGAUGUGAAUGCACCGUUGUCAUUUAGAGGACAUCUCCAACUUGCACUGAAGAAGCAACAUUCAGAAAAUCAAUCAUGGAUUUGAAGAAACAGCUGUUGUCCUUUGCCCGCAUGUUCUUACCUUCUGUGGGAUUUGUGUUCACGUGCAUCGGAGCCUACCUGGUGUUCCAGCAGGACAGGCAAGGCUUUGAUCACAGUAUGGUCCCUGUUUACAUCAUGAUCGCCUUCGGCUUCCUGGCCAUGCUCUUCGGGGUGUUCUGGAGCCUCUGCCACACCAUGAGGAGCAAGAUGUACCACAGAAGAAGACAUGACAGUGACAUCCAGAUCUUCGCAGUUGAAAGCAGGCCGAGCACCUUUCCUCCUUCGUACGAAGAGUCCCAGAGUCCCUGCUACGUCAGUCCAGGCAGCAUGCAUGAGGCGAUUGUAUCAGUUGAUGGAAUUCCCAUGGUUUUGGAUGUUGCACCUCCACUGUACACCCAGAACAGUUCAGAGAGUCCAGACUGCAAGUGGAGCUGGGAGCAACCACCUCGAUACAGCGUGGUGGUCCAUACUGAACACAGAUAGAUGGACGCAUGUGAAGAGAUGUUCCAUCCAACACCAAAGGAGAAAUGGGUUUUUAAUCAACUCCCUAAGAGCAAAGACUACUAACUAGGAGAAGGUUCCUAAAAAAUUAUGGUCAUCACUAAUUUUGUGACUUUGCUUUACUGCAAAAUGACAUCAGCUGCUGUGUCAACACCCAAUCUGCACGGUCUCAGUGGACAUGGUUUUCUGGGACUUUACUGGGUAAAAACCUGUUGCGUUGAAACUGAAAUGUGUGUUUAAGUUACUUGAAUGAUUUUGCUUCUGGAUCAAAAAGCUUUUUUUGCUCUUUUAGCAGUCCAUCCUCAGUGCAAGUUGGACUGUUCGGUUGUGUAACAAGUAAGUCAGAGAACUGAAUAACACCUCUGUUAUAUUUGAGACGUUUUACAGAGUAAGAUCAAAAUAUUUCCUAAAGAUAUUGCACACUGUCGUACUGCUUGUGUAAUAAUGUAUAUUUUGUUCCUCAGAUGGUCUUUUAUCAAGGCUCAAUAUUGUCAACGUUUUUAUAUUUAUUUUUCAAAUUUUUAUGUUGCAACACACUAAAAACAGUUAAAUUGUCUUUAAUAAAUCCUGUUUUAUGUUAAACCUGAAGUUACUUUAAUUAAAACAAAUGAACUACCUUAUUUAGGCUACAACUAAAUUAAGUUACACCAAACUAACCUCUGAGUAAGUAAAACAAACAAUACACCCCAAAACAAAAUACAAUACUUAACACAUAUUCAUCUUUUUCUCUCUUCCUAUUGAUUGCACUUAGUGUUAUUAAAAAAUUCAGUAACAAUACAGAUAACUGUUUUCAACCCGUUGCUUUUAGAAAACAUAAAAAGACCAGGUGAACCAAGCAAUCCAGGGAAAUGAUCUGAAACUUCUCACUCAGAUCAUUCUUCUCAGAGUUCAGCUGAAGGGAAAAUUGGGGAGCAAAAAAAGAUCAUUUUGUUAAUGAAUAGUCCCACAAAAUGACUAUGACUAUAUUUAGUCAUAGUCAUUUUGUGUUUAGUCAAGUUAUUCAAGUCAAAGGUUGCAACCACAACAUUAUAAAAACAAAGAAAAGAUUAACUAGUAUGUCAACAGGACACCGCAGCUCAGCAGAGUUUGUUAAGAAACUUCAGGAAGUGUCUCAUGAAUUUUAUCUAUUUAAUUAUAUCUCCUUCAAACGUCACACCAUUUCUGUGCUUAUGUCUGUCACGAGUACCAGACAGGUCGUUUAGGUCCAAAACGCCUGACGGUUCACUUCAGCAUAAACAUUCAGGUGAAACAGUAACCAGAACUUCAUAGCCAACAUGUUUUUAAAAACUUUACAAAUGUGAUUAAAAAGACUUUUUUUAAUUACAUGAUUAUAUUAAAACAUCAUUUUGCCAUGUCCCUUAUCAUUUUCAUGCUAACUCAUUUUUUAGAAAAAAGGAUUUGACUAUUAGCAACACAUUCAAUAACGCCAGCAGUGACCCCUGGCACCAUAAAGGAGUCAGAUGGAGCAAUAACCUGUAGGGACCGACAGCUAACGUUUGUAUGGCUGAGUGACACAUCCUUUAGAAAAUCCACUGGCUUUAUCCUCAAAUCAGAAUGACGGCAAUCAACAUGUUUAUAAUGUCCUGCUCUUGGCGUCUCAUCUGAGCGGUGUAAAGAUCAAACUUCAUAACUUCUUAUCACAGCUCAACAGCUUCAGUUUGUUUCCUGUUCAGAUGGAAAACAAGAGCUGUUCAAUCACAGCAAAUAAGUCCAGCAAUAAGGACACUUCAGUGAAAUCCCAAUAUGCCAAAGGGCAACAAGGAACUUUGAAUAUGUUUUUAUUUCCUUACAAUCCGAAUGUGCACAAAGGUUGAUUUAUGAGAAAGCUAUAACUUUUCUUUCUCGUUUUGGUGAAGAAAUUACUUAUAAUCUGUAAUAACAAAUUAUAUGUGCACUGUAAAAUGUUCAAUAUUAGCAAAAGUUAAAAAGAAACAAUCUUGUAAAAACGAAUAAGCUUCCACUGAGUAAGGUGUAAUAUAAAAAAUCAAGAAACAUUGAUAUUCUGUUGUCACUUUUGUGUUUAUUGCUUUUAUAGCUUCCACUAUGUAGCUACUGCAUCAUUUAAAUUUGCUUCAUGUUUAUCAAUAUCUGACUUUUUAUUGUGAACAAAAAUGAACAUAGAUGUGCAGCUGUGACAUUUUUGUCUUUGAGAGACAAAUUCCAGCACA